AGAACACCUUUUCAGUGUAUUUUCUCAGAAGUAGUAUAUUGCCAAAGAAUCGUAUUUGUGUAAUAUUGAAUUUUAUUUUACCAUAUAAAUGAAUAGAUAAAAAAAUAGUGUGUGCACGACCUCUAUUAUAAAUAUAUAUUUCAUUUCACCAUGUUUUCGAACUUCAUAUAAUAGAUAUGGGAGCUCAUCCUUUCUUAAUUGUUCAGUAUAAUACAUCUAUCUAAUUUCCAUUUAAGAGCCUUUUAUAUCAGAAUAUUCCAAUCUACCAAUCCUUUCCAAAUCCUCUUGGAGAUAGCCUUGGAUUGAGAAAUGGAAGAUGAUGAUCGUUACAUAACAGCUCCUACCAGCCCCGGACUUCAUCCCUCCUCUCAUUUACUCAACAAAGAAAACUGGUCAACCUGUAAUGGCCUUCAUCAUGCUGCACUGAGUGGAAAUUUGAAAAUGGGUAAAAAGAUUUUAGACAAAGAAGUUGAUCGAAUUUCUCGUACAAAAACAGUGAACGCAGCAAUUACGAGUGCUACAUUGGAGACCCCUCUUCAUGUUGCCGCAGGUGCAAAACAAUCUAAGUUUGUGGAAAUGUUAUUGAAAGAAGAUGGUAUUGAUCCAACCUUAAGAGACAAAAAAGGUAACACAGCCUUUUGUUCAGCUGUUGUAGCUGGAGCUAUGAACAUCGUUCAAAUAUUUCUUCAUCCUAAAAUUAUGAGACGUGAGUUCUUGAUCCAUGGAGGUCAAGAUAUGACACCAUUGUUCAUAGCUACGAGCUUUGGACAUGGUGACAUUGCAUCCACAUUGUAUAAUUGCUAUCAACAACAAAAUAUUUACAUGGACCAAAAUGAGAGAUUUGGUAUAUUUUUCAAUUGUGUCAACAAUGAUAUAUACGAUCUAGCAAAUAUUCUGCUUGAAAGUGAAAGAGAAGAUUCAACUAUUGCAUGGAUGUCCGACGACUUUGAAGUUACAUGUACAGCUUUGCAUUACUUAUCACAAAAGGAUCCUUCCAUUUUUGCAAAUGAUCAAAAUCGAGGAAUAAUAAAUUUCAUUUCCUCAAGAUUGUUAGGGAGACCAUCAAAGGAGAUACCAGCUCUUAAGUUGGUCAAAACACUUUGGAAGCGAUUUCUAAUACAUCAUAAUUACGAUUAUGAUAGAGUUUCAGGAUUUAUAAAUUACAGUGUCUUUAAUUUUUUGACUGAAGCAGCUUACCAAGGAAAUUUUGAAUUCUUAGUAGGAAUUUUAAGUUUAUACCCAGAAGCAAUUUGGGCCAAAGAUUAUGAAACUAAAUAUACAAUUAUUCACCAUGCAAUUGUAGAACGCCAUGUGAGAAUAUUUAAAUUGAUACAUGAGAUUGGAAUAGCAAGAAGUGUGAUAAAUUCUUUUGAAGAUGAUGAAGAUGGAAACAAUUUAUUGCAUCUUGCUGCCAAAUUACCCUCUCAAUCAAGACUUAAUGCCGUCUCGGGAGCAGCUCUACAAAUGCGACAAGAAAUCUUGUGGUUUAAGGAAGUGGAGAAUAUUGUGCAACCUUGGCUAAAGAGCAAAAGAAAUAAAGAAAAACAAACACCAAAGGAUUUAUUCACCAAAAGUCACACGAAUUUGGCAAAAGAGGCAGAAAAAUGGAUGAAGGAAAAUGCUGAAAUAAGUCUAAUUGUGGCAACAAUUAUUGUUACAGUAAUAGCACAAGAAGCUUUUAACAUAUAUGGUAACAAUAAUCAAGUACCUCUCAUUCUUUUGUUAUCAAAUUCCAUUGCCAUGUCAUCUUCAAUAACAUCUAUAAUAUUAUUCUUGACCAUCCUCAUAUCGAGAUUUACAGAAACAGAACUGUUUAAACCAUUACCAUGUUCAUUUAUCGGUGGAAUUAUUUCACUUUUUAUCUCAGUGACAUUCAUGAUGGUAUCUUUUUGUGUCACAUCCUUUACAUCAAGUAGACCAAAUUCACUACCUUACAUAACAAUUGCCCUUCAACUUUUUCCAAUAACUUUAUUUGGGUACCUUGUGUUUCCUGUUCUUCGUGAUCUUGUUCAUUCGACUUUCUUUUCUAAAUAUGAUUUUAAGCAAAAUAAACGAGUACUUCAAUAUAGUGAACCAUAUAAUUAAUGUGUUGUAUAUAAUAGAUUACUACACUUGGCAAAUUUGAAAUAUGGCCUUGUGGCAUCAAAGAGUUUGAACAGUUACUCAUGGUACUAAUGUAUAUAAUAGAUUUUUUUUUAUACAUUGUUUCAGAGGAUUAGUUUUGAAGAUGAACAUCAGUUUCUUAGUAUUCAUAAAUUGUAAUGAGGUCGGUUGUAGAAUAUUUUUUUUGGUUGUAAUGGUUGCUUUUGUAAUAUAUAAUUCUUACUUUCAAAUAUGUACUUAUUAUUAUUAUUUA